CUUUUUUUCCAUCACAAUUCUUCCACUGGGGGCCAGCGCCAGCGAGCCACGAGUGGAUCAAAUGGGUCAUCCGGAAGCGACCGAGACCCCCGGUCAGUGCAUUACUAAUGCAAAUGAGGGCUUUCUCCAACUCGAUGAGAAGGAAGAUCCCAGACAAUGGCCAAGAACCAGAAAGUGGGUGUGUACGGUGAUUGUGGCGGUGAUGACGGGAGUCAUUGCUUUCUGCUCGAGUAUCUACACCGCUGGAACCAGCCUCAUCACUGCCACUUAUGGCUGUUCACGCACCGUCGCCACUCUUGGGGUGACGACAUUUCUUCUGGGAUUUGCAUCAGGGCCCCUGAUCUUCGCUCCCCUGUCUGAAGUCUAUGGCCGAAACUACAUUUUCCGGCUUACUCUAGGACUGUUUGUUCUCUUCCAGAUCGGCUGCGCGUUGGCGCCAAAUAUAGCAUCCCUCAUUAUCUUCCGAUUCUUGACCGGCUUUUUUGGUUCUCCGUCCGUCACAAACUCGGGUGGUUCUAUCACGGACCUCUGGCCGCAAAGCGAACGGUCUGUGCCUUUGGCUUUGUUUUCCGCCGGUAGCUUCCUUGGACCCGUCUUCGCGCCUGUUGCGGGCGGGUUUAUUUCCGAGUACCUCUCCUGGAGAUGGAACUUCUGGGUGGUUCUCAUUGUUAGUGGCGUAGUGUAUGCGGCAUGUGUGCUCUUCUUGCCAGAAACAUAUGCGCCUAAGCUUCUGCGAGAUAAGGCUCGUCGUCAGGGCGUCGUCCAGGACGGCCCGUCUCUCAACUCACAACUUAUGACCUCUCUAACCCGCCCUUGGCUGAUGCUCUUCGCGGAGCCCAUUCUCUUUCUACUAUCGCUCUAUAUGGCUUUCAUAUACGGAAUCCUAUACCUGGACUUUACGGCGUAUCCGAUCGUAUAUGAACAGUCCCGUGGUUGGACUGCCGGUAUAUCUGGUCUCUCAUUCCUAGGCAUGGGAACAGGCAUGGCAAUAGCGACAAUUGCCUCGCCGUACGUGAACAGAAUUCAUGCGACAUAUGUCACCAAACUCGGCCCAGAGCCAGAAGCCCGACUACCCCAUAUCAUCGUCUUGUCCUGGCUGAUCCCCGCCAGCUUAUUCUGGUUUGGUUGGACCGCGAUGCCUCCGACGCACUGGAUUGUGGGCAUUAUAUCAGGUGCACCUUUCGGCUUCAGUCUGAUAUUACUCUUUCUCGCCAUCACGUCCUAUCUCACUGACUGCUACGGGCCGUAUGGCGCAAGUGCGCUUGCAGCUAAUGCAGUGUUCCGUUCUAUCUUCGGCGCAGUCUUCCCACUGUUUGGCACGUAUCUAUAUGACGGCUUGGGGGUACCCUGGGGUUCUAGCUUAUUGGGGUUCUUUGCCUUGGCGUUUGCUCCCCUGCCGUGGGUGUUUUAUCAUUUCGGGCCGAGGAUUCGGAUGCGAAGCAAGUAUCAUAUGAUGAUGAAGGCUGAAGGCUUUUAAGAACCGGUCUCAGCCUGACUCUGGG